AAUCUUUGAAGCAGAGUGUGUCAUUAUCAUUUCACAUGAAUGCUAAUGAUCUUCGCGUGUAAAUGUAUCAUGAAUCCUGUAAACAACGUGCGCACAAUUGGAACGAUGUGAGGUGCAUGUCACGCGGUGAAGUGAUAACACGCGCAAGGCAACGUGCGAGCACGCGGACUUGAGAAAGUCGGUCCUACUUUUCGGUAUUUUCGUCAAAGAAAACAAUAGCCAGGAAGAAUGAUACCCAAUGCACUGCGAAACGGGCGAACGAUAUUUUGGAUCGGUUGCACUUGUAUUGGGACGUACGUCGCGUACCGGUACUGGAAAAAGCGAGAGCUUCUAGCGAUAGAUGAAGGUUUCGAAGAGGUUUCGAAGAUGGACGAUAGUCAGGAGAAACGUGUGCUGUUGUUGGGUUUAAAUGGAGCUGGUAAAACUUCUAUUGUAAACCAAAUAUGUGUUGCGAAUGGCGAUGAAAAGUUUUAUACUGCUCCCCCAAAACCAACAGAAGGUUCUUGUAUAUAUAGAGUUAAACAUGGAAAUAUAUUUUACAAUAUUUGGGACAUUGGAGGCUCAGAUUCCACUAGGAAGUAUUGGACUGCUUUUCUGCAAGACACAGAUUUAUUAUUGUUUGUAGUAGAUGCAUCAGAUGUAAACAAAUUAGCUUCAGCUGCUUUCAUUCUCAAACAGUUGUUAAGUGAUGCAAGGAUGGAUGAUGUACCAAUUUUAGUAAUUGCUAAUAAACAGGAUUCUCCUAAUGCACUGCAGCCCGAAGAAGUUAAGAAAGCUUUAGAUUUAUUAAGUAUCUCUCCUCACAAGCAUAAGGUAGAAGUAAUUGGAUGCGAAACGAGACCAUUACCCGUAAUGUCACCAGAAACAACGGAAUAUUCUUGGUACCAUGCAUCUAUAGAUUCUGUUAGAAAAAAGAUAUUUCAAAUGGCAAAAAAUAAUGCGUCCGGUCCUUUGUUUUGUUAAAAAUAACUCUUUACAUAAGGAAAAAAGAAAUGAAAGGAAAGAACAGUAUGCUUAACUUGCUAUACUGUGUAUGAUUUUUUCACCAAAUUGAGAGCACAGAUUGUUUAAAAUGAACAUUUUCAUGAAAAAUAAUUGAAGCUUUAAGAAAACAAUACAAAUAAAAUACAUAAUUUUUUAAGGGUUUCUCAGUAUGAUAUGUUUACAGUCAUUUAACUUUAUUACACUUUUUAUACUGCUUUUUUCAGCUUUUAUAUAUAUAUUUAAUAAA